AUGGUCAGAGAAGUUGCUGUUUUCACUAUGACAGGGGGAAGUAGUCAGCCUCCACUACUCGUGGACAAACACGAGAAGUACAUCUACGAUCUCGAUACACCAGACAAGGCGCUCACCAUGGACUUUGUAUUGUCCGAGUCUAUACGGAUGGGGGGCGCGUACUGGGGUAUCACCGCUCUAGACGUGCUGGGUAAACUGGAUGCCCAGAGUUACACUCGACGGGAUGAUGUCCUUAACUUUAUCGAUUCCUGCAGGGGCCAGGAUGGUGGUUACGGGUUUUUCCCGGGUAUGGACUCCCACAUAAACUCAACACACUAUGCACUACUGGUUCUAGCCGAGCUUGAUGCGCUCGACACACUGUCCCCGGAGGAGCGCCUUGAAACGAGGCGUUUCGUCAUCAGCAUGCAGACCAGCGAUGGUGGCUUUCAGGGCGAUUACAGUGGGGAGGUGGAUGGCCGUUUUUCUUACUCGGCUGUGGCCAUCCUCUCGUUGCUGAAUGCGGUGGGAGCUCCCGAAGAGGCUGAGGACCAAGACAUCGAUCGUCAGAGAGCAGUUGCAUGGCUACGCUCGUGCCAGAAUUACGAUGGGGCCUUUGGUUCAAUCCCUGGGGCUGAGAGUCAUGCCGCCUACACCUUCUGUGCUGUGGCCGCAUUGGCGCUGCUGGGGGAAGAGGCUGAUGAGAUAGAUGACUGGAGAUUAGGACACUGGCUGGCCGAGAGGCAAAUACCCAAGCAUGGCGGCUUCAAUGGUCGCCCUGAGAAGGCUCCUGAUGUCUGUUACUCAUGGUGGAUAACGUCCGCUCUGUCCGUGCUUGGCAAACUGCAUUGGAUAGAUAGCGAUGCUCUCACUGGGUUCAUAUUGCGGGCACAAGAGGAGGAGGAUGGAGGUAUAGCUGACAGACCUGGAGACGUGCCGGAUGUGUUCCAUACCUUCUUUGGUCUGGCCGGCCUGAGCCUCCUCGAUACGAGCGGUUCCUUCCAUCUCCGGCCGGUGGACCCUGUUUGGGCCCUACCGCUGGACACAGUGCGUCGUCUUGGCCUUGCAACGGAGAAGGGCCGUUCUGGCGGUACUUCAGCGUGAUCAGUUUUACCGAGUUUUCUUG